CAGCAUGGUUGUGAGAUCAAGAUGAAGAGGAGGAGGAGGAACAGGGAGGGGGGUAUCCAUCCAUUAGUGUGCAGUAUAAUAUUACCAUCUGGCUAAGAACAAGUGUAGAGGGAGCAGGCGAAGCAGCAACCACCAUCACUGCUGGAUUUAGCAGACCUGCUGCAACACCCAAUGCAAUACACAGCACAAAUAGACAGGGCAGCCUUCACCAGGAGACAGGCUGCCAUACCCACACACCAGUUUUGCCACUGCAAUUGCCCUGGUCGGUCUCAUUGAUGCCUCUGCCUUCCUGCCCCCGACCCAAGCACCGACUAUGGGCUGCCUCCAAAGCCUCACCUGCAAGUCCCGCAUCAAGAGGGAGAACAUCACGGUGUAUGAUGUGUGUGCCACCAUAGACCAGUGCCCUACCUCCAUAGAGGAGAACUCGCCCAUUGUCUUAAGGUACAAGACCCCUUACUUUAAAGCCUCUGCCAGGGUGGUCAUGCCACCCUUGCCCAGGAACGAGACCUGGGUGGUUGGAUGGAUACAAGCUUGCAAUCAGAUGGAAUUCUUCAACAUCUACAGCGACCUGGGAAUGUCGAGUUGGGAACUUCCUGAUUUGAGAGAAGGGAGAGUAAAAGCAAUCAGUGAUUCAGAUGGCGUAAGCUACCCUUGGUAUGGAAACACCACUGAAACUGUAACUCUAAUAGGGCCUACCAACAAAAUAUCCAGGUUUUCGGUCAGUAUGAAUGACAACUUCUACCCCAGCGUGACGUGGGCUGUACCCGUCAGUGAAAGUAACCUUCCCUUGCUCACCAGGAUCAAGAGAGACCAAAGUUUUACUACGUGGUUGGUAGCUAUGAAUGCCACCACCAAGGAGAAGAUCAUUCUGCAAACGAUAAAAUGGAGAAUGAGGGUAGAUAUUGAGGUGGAUCCAUCUCAGAUGUUGGGUAAACGUGCCAGGUUGGUGGGGAGGACUCAACAGGAGCAGCCAAGGAUUUUAAGCCGCAUGGAGCCUAUCCCACCUAAUGCUUUAGUAAAGCCCAAUGCUAAUGAUGCUCAGGUCUUGAUGUGGAGACCUAAAAGAGGACAGUCUGUAGUAGUAAUUCCUCCAAAAUAGGAUUUACUGGGGUUUGUAUUAAGCAUCAAAUGGACACUGACAAAUACCCAUAUUGGUUUCUGUGUGCAAGGACCUCAAUGAGGGAUAAAAGUUGAAAUCAAAAAAACUAAUUGCAGUAUUUAUUAUGUACCAUGCGCAUCUUUGGAAGGUGCAUCGAUGAUUUAUAGAACAUAUUUAUUUAAAUCAACAAACAAAAAAAGGCUUUUUGCCCUUAAUAUUUCCUAGUGCCUGUGGCCAAACAGAAGUUUAAAUUCCACAAAGAUCUACAAUACAAUGACUCCUACUUAGACACUGAAUCAGUUACAUGCAGAUCUGGGAAAUCUAUGGUUUUGUGUUUUGGUUUUUUUAAACCUGCAUCUAGGAAAAUUAAGCUUCUAUUGAGUGCAUUACUUUCCGUCGAUUAAUUCAUUAAAUAUGAGAUUCAAAUUUACAAUGUUACAUAUGCAAGAUUGCAACUGUGAUGUUAAUUUUAAUAAUGUAUUUGCUACCAACAGGUUUCAUUAACAAAGUAGACAGAGCAAGGAUACCGUCAUAAAAUAUCCUUUAUGAAAGUCAAUGGAAUUGUAUUCAUCGUAUCAAGCAAAUGGAACACCAAUUAACUUAAUAUGUCAUUGUAAAUUCUGGUUCUUAGAAAUAUCCAAAAGGUCUCUGACUAAGCACAUGAGUUGCUUUUUCUAGAACGAUAAUGCAGACCUAUGCUAUUAAAAGCAACACACAUUUGAAUAUUUUACUUAUAGCUGGAUCGAGUCAAUAUGUGCAUUUUAAUUACCAAGGAGUUUAUUAAUUAAACACUGAAUUGUAGUGAACUGAGAACCAAAUUAUGAAAGGUAUGAAAUUUAGGUAUUCAUAAUAGAUUAAAUAAAACAUUUGUUUCCAAAUCAGCUAUUUUUGGGUCAAUUUCAGUUUUCAAUUCACUGCAAUUUGUAGUUUAGUGAAUCAACACCUACAUUAUAUUGAGUUGACGAGAGACUUGCAAAAAAAUAUUAUAGAAAAAAAAAAUCACUGUUUCGUAGAGGUACCCCAAUGAAAGCAUGUAUGCAUUUUUUGUCCGUUGGCAGUAUAUCUAAAACAGCUUGCAAACACUGCAGAUCUCUUGCCUGAAGACUUUGUAAGCCCUCCUCUUCUAACCCAGCCCAGACUUUUUGUGGAUGUCCAAUUACAGACUUCAUAAUGCAGCUCAAUAAAAAAUCUUUGCAAUUUCCUGCCUCUUGAGUUUAGCUCCACAGAGCUAAGCAAACCAGGAAGUAAAAUGACUAGUUGUCUGAUUGACGGCCAAAGGGGCGUGACAAGGUUAAUAUACAAAAGUGCCAACUUCUAUUGAAAACUGCACUUUUUGUACAUUUAAACAAAAAGGAGACACACUCUUUACACAUAAA